UUAUUUUUAUUUUUUUUGGUAUUUUUAAGUAUCCUCUAUUAUUUAUACUGGCAACAAGUGGUGCGACUUUUGCUUCAGUUGUUACUUUUCUAAUCUUCCUAAUAAUUAUACACUAAAUAUCUACAAGCGAAAUUGAAACUGAGCUGUGCCAGCUAUUAUUUCUUUCUAGCUUUGUGAUUGCUAUUUUGCUUCCUAGUAAAACCCGAAAAGCAAGAAAAACAAAAUAGACUUUGGUCAUUUGCUUCGGAAACAUCGUUGUAGUUUCGUUAACAGCCAGAGUUAUGAGGCAUUCAGACCCUCAUAUAAGUUGUAAAAAAAACAACAAAAUGAAAAAACAUGUUUUUUCACUUUUACUGGCUUGGUCGUUUUUCAUCGAAUUCAGCCAAUGCCUUCUUAUUCUUCGUCGUCAUCCUUCUCAAAAUCAAGGUCAAAAUCAAAAUCAAAACCCCAGUUCACAUAUGAUGUCUUCAUCAGUUUUAGGGGAGAAGACACUCGGAGGAAUUUCGUUUCCCAUCUCUAUUCUGCCCUCAAAGACACUGGAGUCAACGCUUUUCUGGACGAUGAGAAGCUUGAUAAGGGAGAAGAGCUGAAAUCUGAACUGUUGCAUGCAAUAGAAGGAUCUCAAAUAACCAUUAUUGUUUUCUCCCAAAACUACAUUCACUCUACAUGGUGUCUUGAUGAACUCCUCAAAAUCAUGGAAUGCCAUGCUUUUAGAGGACAAGUGGUUAUGCCAGUGUUUUAUGAUAUUGGCCCCUCAUUUUUACGUGACACCGAAGAUAUUUCUUUCGAAGUCAUUUCUGACCAACAGAGCAGGAUAAAACUAUGGAAGAAAGCACUGACACAAGCAGCAAAUUUAGCAGGUUGGGAUUUGAGAAAUUACAAGUAAGCAGUCAAUUCUGUUUUAUUAUUAUUAUUAUUAUUAUUUAAGUUCAGCACCAGCACUGGAAGAAGUAAAAUCUGAGCGAAAUUUCCCCGAGUCAAUGUUUGCAUUAGAAGAAUGUUUGUGUAGAAGUAGAGAAAUAUCAUUCCCUUGUAAGCUAUCUCUUGGAGUAAAUGCCAUGAAAUUCGAACUCAUGAAGGCUUUUAUUGUGAUACUUUGCUGUUAUACCAUAAAAUUCUUCAGGUGGGCUUAAGGGUAGGUCAACAAUUGACCAUGAAUAUAUUGAGAGGUAUAUUUUAUAUUUCGAUAUAUGUGAACUGAGAGCAAUUUUGGAUGAAGAAAGUUGAUCCUAGUUAUGAUUAUAGUCUUAGAGGAAUCCAGUAUAGUUUAUCAAACCACACACAUUAACUUGCUAUUUACGAGAUUUCUGAUUUACUUGUAAAAGAUUUAGUAGAAGUGCUUCUGCUACGAACACUGCGGCAGAAAGAAUUUGGGGUUGUAUACUACUGAAAUUUUGUUCUAAGCUUAUAAUCUUUUGACAAUUUGUGUCCAUUCUCAUUUUGGGUUA